AUGCGGCCCGCGGGCUGGGCGGCCGUGCGGGAAGCGGCGGCCCGCGACGCGCCGGCGGCGGACCUGCGCUGCAGCCUGUUCACCGCGGCCCUGCAGAGCUACAAGCGGGACUCCGCGCUGCGGCCUUUCCCCGCGUCCUACGCCCGCCACGACUGCAAGGACUUUGAGGCCCUGCUUGCAGAUGCCGGCAAGCUCCCCAACCUGAAAGAGCUUCUCCAGUCCCCUGAAGAUAAAGACAAACGGGCCUGCGAGCUGCUGAGCUGGAUUUUAUCCUCAAAGGCCCUGACGGUCCACAGUGCAGGGAAGUCAGAGUUUGAAAAGAUCCAAAAGCUGACGGGUGCCCCUCACACUCCUGUCCCUGUGCCGGACUUCCUGUUUGAAAUCGAGUACUCCGACCCAGCCAACGCCAAGUUCUAUGAGACCAAAGGAGAACGAGACCUCAUCUACGCCUUCCAUGGGAGCCGCCUAGAAAACUUCCAUUCCAUCAUCCACAAUGGCCUGCACUGCCAUCUGAACAAGACGUCCUUGUUCGGGGAAGGCACCUACCUCACCAGCGACCUGAGCCUGGCCCUCCUUUACAGCCCCCACGGCUACGGGUGGCAGCGCAGCCUCCUGGGCCCCGUGCUCAGCUGCGUGGCCGUGUGUGAGGUCAUAGACCAUCCCGAUGUCAAGUGCCAGACCAAGAAGAAAGAUUCCAAGGAGAUAGAUCGCAGGAGAGCAAGAAUCAAGCACAGUGAAGGGGGAGACAUCCCUCCAAAGUACUUUGUGGUCACCAACAACCAGCUCCUGCGAGUGAAGUACCUGCUGGUGUACUCACAGAAGCAGGCCAAGAGCAGGGCUUCGAGCCAGCUGUCCUGGUUUUCCAGCCAUUGGUUUACGGUCAUGAUAUUCCUGUACCUGCUGCUGCUGCUCAUCGUGAGUGUCAUCAACUCCUCCUCUUUCCAACACUUUUGGAACCGUGCGAAGAGAUAA